AGCCACACUCACAACUAACCGGCUGCCAUUGACAUCCCAAAUUGUUUAUUUAUUACUGAAACGUCAUGAUAUUUAUUUAAACUAAUGAAUCAUCCUUUAUUUAAUUGAGUGUUUAAGCAGAAAUUGUGUUGUGUGCCUGAUAAAUUAGUGAAAAAUGUUCUCAAGCGGUCCCAAUUACACAAAGUUGAAGACAAAUCUCAGACUGGCCAUCACAAGGCUCAAGCUGCUGGAAAAGAAAAAGUCCGAGCUCACUGAGAAGUCCAGACGGGAAAUUGCCGAAUAUAUUAGCGCUGGCAAAAUAGAGCGAGCGAAAAUCAGGGUGGAGUUCAUCAUCAGGGAGGACUACUUGGUUGAGGCCUUGGAGAUAGUGGAGAUGUACUGCGACUUGCUGCUGGCUCGCUUUGGGCUUAUCCAGAACAUGAAGGAGCUCGAUGAGGGCAUAGCCGAGGCUGUAUCCAGUAUUAUUUGGGUAGCCCCCAGAAUACAGUCCGAUAUUCAGGAAAUCAAAGUUAUCGCCGAUCUGCUCACUGCCAAAUAUGGGGAGCCGUUUGCUGAAGCCUGCCGUAUAGAGUCGGUGGAGAGCAUCAGCUCCAACUUGAAGCACAAGCUCUCCAUCCAGAGCCCCCCAAAGCUCUUGGUUGAGAAAUAUGUGAUUGAAAUUGCCAAGGUUUUUAACAUCGCCUAUACUCCAGACCCACAAGUUAUGGCAAUGGAAAAAGGUCAUGACGCCCUUCUCAUCGACCUCUCGGACCUCAGGAACAACCUAGGCGGGGGAGGCUCCAAUGGGGGGCUGCCGCAGCCUCCCGGCUUCGUCGGCUACCCCCAGCCGCCUCAAAUGCCCCAGUUUGCUGAUCCCGCAGCCUUCUCCUAUCCUCCAUAUGUGGCCCCGGAAAAAGGAGCUGGAGGCCCCACAGCGCCGCCCCCUUUCAGCUACAACAUCCCCCCGGCCAGUGACGAAAACAAGGCAUCCAACAAUGACUUUAUGGAUAAUUUGCCCACUUAUAGCAUGGUGUUUCCUGAUGUAAAAAAGGGUGGUACUGGAGAUAAAUCACCAAGUGAUAUCAUUAAGGAGAACACCGAAGACCGGCCUAAACCGCAACCGAGGACGAAGCUGAACAACGACUUCAACUUACCCGACUUACCAUCAGUGCCCCAGAUGCCGCCCUCAGGCUCGAACUCUGGAAGCAAAGACGACGAAAUCGACUUUGAUGACCUUACCAGAAGAUUCAACGAGCUCAAGAAGAAAUAUUAAGUGCGGGAAACCCCACUGUUUACCCUUUUUUAAUUUCAAGCCCAUACUGUAUUUAAAUAUAUUGUACACUCUAGAAAUAAAUACAUUAUUUACCAGUUAA